UCUAAUAAAGCUAUCUGAAAAGACAACAAACAAUAGCCAAAUCUGCAAGAUAUUCCUUCCAAUUUUUCUAAACAGUAAACGAAACCGAGCCAGGAGCAACCGCAAUCAUAGCCCUCCAAGUUGUAAUACGUACUGCCAGACGACGUCAGUCCCAAACCCAGAUACAGCCUCAUUCCAGUGAGCAGUCGUCCAGGAUGGAGUUCGGUCAUGUUUGAGCGCUUCCGACUGAGCAACCUGAGCAGAAACAUCCGUCUAAGAGGAGGCGGCCCAGAACUGGCGCGAGACAAGAAAAACACCCAGCGGCAGCAAUGCGUCACCGUCUUGUUCCUAGAUGACAUCACACACACCUUUCGGAUCGAGAGGAGAGCGAAGGGCUCUGAGCUCUUAGAGCAGGUCUUCCAGUACCUCGAGUUAUCCGAAAGGGACUACUUCGGUCUACUAUUUCCCCAAAAACCAGGGGACGUUGUGAGAUGGGUUGAUGCACAGAAGCAGUUCAAAAAGCAAUGCAGCAGCGUCCAGCUCGACAACGAUUCCGUUCCAUUAUUAGAGUUUAGGGUUAAGUUCUUUGUGAGCGACCCGAGCCGCUUGCAGGAGGAGUUUACUCGCUACCAGUUUUAUCUUCAGAUCAAGCGCCACAUCCUGUCGGGUAUCCUGCCAUGCUCCAGCAACACGCAGUGCCUGCUUGCCAGUUACACUGUGCAAUCCGAGUUUGGAGACUUCAAUGCCACGGAACACCAACCAGGCUACCUGAGCAGUCUGCAGCUACUCUCCGAACAGACGGUGGAGGCGGAGCGCAAGGUGGGCGAGCUGCACAAGCUGCACCGUGGACAACUACCGGCGGACGCCGAGUACAACUACCUCGAGCACGCCAAACGCUUGGAGCUGUAUGGAAUAGAUCUGCAUAAGGCCACCGAUUCGAAUGGCAAGGAGCUACAGCUGGGUGUCUCUGCGGUGGGCCUGCUCGUCUUCCAGCAUUCUCUGCGCGUGAACACCUUCUCGUGGAGCAAGAUGGUCAAGGUGUCCUUCAAGAGGAAGGACUUCUUCAUCCAGCUGCGACGUGAGCUAAGCGAGAAUUACGACACCCUUCUGGGCUUCGGGAUGUGCAGCCACAAGCAUGCCAAGGCUUUGUGGAAGUCCUGUGUGGAGCACCACAGUUUCUUCCGUCUGAAGCGUCCGCAUCGCCUUUCGCGCUUCCUCAACAUGAGUCUUGGUAGCAAGUUCUACUAUUCCGGCCGCACAGAACUGCAAGCAGUUCAGGAUUCCAAACAGCGAGGCCGCAUUCACAAGGUUUUUGUGCGGUCACCGAGUAAACGGUUGCUGGGAGCAGCCGGUACAGCUGGACUGGCGAGCGGGGCAUCAGGGUCCUCUGGCGGAACACCUUUGCAGAACAGCGGAUCGGAGAGCGCUGCCUCGCACAACGGGAGGCCUUCAGCAGGUGGAACCAUUCUAACCAUCACUAAAACGAGUCGUCCUCAUGAUAACAAAGUGACGUCUAAAGAGGCUGAAUCUAAGCCGAGGAAAGCAUGGGAGCAGCAGAGCGACGAAUAUGAUAUUCAGCUAGAUGUCGGUUUCAUCGAACAGUGUACUCGCCGUUACGAAUCAGCUUCGCCUUCGCCCAUGCCCCCAGCCUACAGUUCCGGAAAGCACAGCCCGCUACUGAUUCCAACGACAAUCGCCGAUGCUGUGGGCCAACAGCAGCCUGACAGCGGCAGCGACCUCAUCACCAUCCGGUUACAGGCUGAUGAACAGGGACGAUACGGUUUCAAUGUCAAAGGUGGCGUGGAUCUAAGCUUACCCGUGCUGGUUUCAAAGGUGGUUCCCCACACACCGGCCGACCGCUGCACUCCGCGGGUCUGCGAGGGCGACGAAGUGCUGAUGAUCAAUGGCAGAGACGUGCACGGCCUUCGCCAUGAACAGGUGGUAGCCAUGAUUAGGGAGUGCCGUCAUCAGCCCAGCGGGGAGCUGUUACUUACGGUGCGACCUCAACGCUCAGUUCCGCUAAUGUACGAGGAGGAGCCGUUAUACCAGUACGUGCCUGAAAGCGACGAAAUCGGUUCGCACUCCAAUCUUCUGGACGGGGAUGCUUUGUUCACCCAGAGCCUGCUGCUGCUCAGCGAUGGGUUAGCCUCGGGUGCUUUGCUGGCUCAAUACGAACUGAUGUACCGGAAGAACCCCGAUCUGGCCAUAACAGAAGCUCGGAAACCUAUUAACGCGGCCAAAAAUAGAUAUCGGGACAUUUCGCCAUAUGAUUGCACACGAGUCUCUCUAAUCAAUUCGCUCACCGGUGACUAUAUAAACGCCAACUAUGUUAACAUGGAGAUUCCAGGCGGAGCCGUAAACCGCUACAUAGCUACCCAGGGUCCACUGGCAAGUACAACAACAGACUUUUGGCGCAUGGUGCAACAGGAGAGUAGCCACCUGUUAGUUAUGCUUACCACAGUGAUGGAGGCCGGUCGUCAGAAGUGCCAUCAGUACUGGCCAGUGACCGGCGAAGAACUGCAGCUAGCAGAGGGCUUCUCAGUGCGCUGCCUAAGCGAGACACCAGACGAAACCGGCAGCUUUGUCUUCCGGGAAUUCGUUUUGAAAGACAAGCACGAGCAGAGGCACAUACACCACAUGCAAUACUUGGCCUGGCCGGACCACUGUGUGCCCUCCGAUCCCAUUCUCUUCCUUGAGUUCACGGAACGAGUGCGAUCCGCUCGCAGCCGCACACUGCUUCAGGAGAUCGAGGAGAGUCUGAAGCAGGUGCGUCUCAUGGACGCAGACGCUGAUGCCGACGAGAACGGUGGUCUGAUGCGGGAGCGCAAGUGCGCAGCCAGCAAUGGAGCCACCCCCGAGGACGAGACACCCGUUUCCACCAGUGUUCACCAAUGUAUCAGUGCCGCCAACCCCCCUGUGAUUGUCCACUGUUCGGCGGGCAUCGGGCGAACCGGAGUGCUUAUAUUGAUGGACACAGCGUUGGCACUGAUGGAGGCCCGGGAACCGGUCUAUCCGCUGGACAUUGUUCGCACGAUGCGUGACCAGCGCGCCUGUAUGGUUCAAAAUGUGAGUCAGUACCGCUUUGUGUGUGAGUGCAUUUGUGCCGCCUACAUGAAGAUGUCGCGCAACAGCGAAGCCAUCAAGGACGACGAGGACUAGCCGGGAUGCGCACCCGGAUAAGGCCCUUUCAAAUCUUCCUCCCAAGACUAUCACGUUUCUUCUUAUUCCAUACGAAUAUAAACGAAAUCUAUCUUAUUAUUAGUACCCGAAGACAUACGGCUAAAAAUCAGAUCUUAUAUCAUUACUAUUAUUGACUCAAAAAUGGUAUUAUUCACUUUACACAUUAGUUAUUCUUAUAUAUUCAUAUACACACACAGUCUUUACGUCACGUAAGUGUUAACGAGAAACAAUUCUAAAUUUACAAAUACACCACAGAAUGGUAAAAAAAUGAGCCAAUUACCUAAUCGAGUAUACAAAAAACAUAUGAAAGAAAUUUAUUUAUAUGCAAUAAAAGCUAAAACAUUAGAAUCGGCGGGCAGGAAAAAUACAACAUCCAAACCAUCUUCAGAAUAAAUUUGUAAAAUAAAAAUGAUAAACUGUGAGUAUUUUAGCACCAAA